AUGGGAGUAUAUAUUUCAAGGUUUUGUAAAUACUUCAGAGGAAAAGAAUCAAGAGUUUAUUAAUCGCAAAAUUCAGGAACAUUGUCAUUGCACAAAUCCAAAAUAUUGGUGUAGAACAACUCCGAUGGGUAUGAUUCGGAGCCAGAGUAACAUUUCCAUCAUGCUGAGUCACUUGCAAAAAUUAAAUGGAAGAGAGGAGAAUUGAUUGGACAAGGGUCUUUUGGGAGAGUUUUUAAAUGUAUGGAUAUAAAGACUGGGAGGAUACUAGCUGUAAAACAAAUCGAAUUGGAUUAUGUGGACAAAGAAAGUUUAGAGUCGUUUCAUUAGGAGAUCAAAAUACUUUAGUAACUGAAGCAUAAAAAUAUAGUUGAAUAUUAUGGAUGUGAUGAGGAUAGAAGUCAUUUGAGCAUCUUAUUAGAAUACGUAGGAGGUGGCUCCAUUUCCCACAUGAUGAGGAAAUUCAAGUUGAAACUACAAGAACCAGUCAUUCAGAAAUAUGUGACGGACAUACUCCAUGGUCUUGUUUAUUUACAUAACAAGGGAAUCAUCCAUCGAGACAUCAAAGGAGCAAAUAUCAUUGUGGAUACCAAAGGCGUUUGCAAACUAGCAGAUUUCGGGUGUAGCAUAAUAGGGGUGAAUGCUUAUUCAUUAAAGGGCACUCCCAAUUGGAUGGCUCCAGAGGUAAUCAACUCCUAAGAGACAGGAAGAUACUCUGAUAUAUGGAGUCUAGGAUGCACAAUAAUAGAAAUGCUGACUGGGGAACCUCCAUGGGGAAGAUUCCAAAGUCCCAUGUAAGCUUUGAUGACUAUUUCAUCUAAGCAAUGCUCACCUCCCAUUCCAAAUAAUAUAUCUCAAAAUCUAAUGGACUUUUUGAAUAAGUGUCUCUAGUUUGAUCAUAAAAAAAGAUGGAAAGCUAAGUAAUUGUUAUAGCACCCAUUCAUCAUAUCUAUCCCAAAAAAACUAUUGAAAACAGAUUAAUUGAUAUUUCAACGCAAAUCCACAGAUUAGUACAAUAAUUUAGAUCUUCAUGUGGCCCCCUAAUUGGAAGAUAACAAGAAAAAUGAGGAAUAUUUAGAUAAGGAAUCUUAUCACAUGAUUCUUUCUAAACAAUCUUCUGCGAUAAGUGAUGAAAAACAUUUAUAGUAUUGA